GCGUUCUUCCUGUACUAAAUGAGCUCCAGCCAGAAGCGCAGAGCAGCGCAGCGCAGAGCAGAGCAGAGCUUCAGUGCGGAGGAACAGCGCUCCGCUGCUCAGGACUUUACACGCUUAACGCUUAGCGGAGCGGAGCGAGCACAGCCUGCAGUCCGGGGCACUCUCUCCGGGAGGAUUUCAGCUCGCUGUUCGACUCGUCUGGCCGAGUGAAAGCCAUGUCCCGAGUUGCGGAUGUGUCGAAAGUUCGCCAGGAGCGGAUGAAGGAGAUCAUGCUGCGGAAUAAGGAGAAAGAGCGGAUGCGAGAGAGAGAAAGAGAGGCGCGAGAGAGGGAGGCACGCUACACAAACGGCCAUCUCUUCACUUCCCUCACCGUGAGCGGCACCACACUCUGCUCCGCCUGCAACAAGAGCAUCACAGCCAAGGAGGCCCUCAGCUGCCCCACCUGCAACGUGACCAUCCACAACCGCUGCAGAGACUCGCUGCCCAACUGUGUCAAAAUGAAACAGCGGCAACAGAAGCUGGCACUGAUGCGUAACAGCUCGUCCUACAGUGGAACAGUGACACUGCGGAAUAAGACACAUUUGAAAGAGCGUCCAAGCUCAGCCAUCUACCCCUCCGACAGUCUGCGCCAAUCACUGCUCGGUUCCCGGCGUGUACGCUCUUCCCUCUUGCUGUCCAAAAGCGUUUCUACGAAUAACAUUGCAGGGACACUGAGUGAUGACUCUCCCUUGGGGCUGCGCAGGAUCUUGUCUCAAUCCACAGACUCGUUAAACUUCAGGAGCAGAACCAUGUCGAUGGAAUCGCUCAACGAUGAGGGAGAGGUAUACUAUGCCUCAGUGCUGGAAGAGUUAGAGAUCGAGGGGCGGGACUUUGAGGCGGACUCUUGGAGCAUGGUGGUUGACUCCGCCUACCUACAGACUCACCGCAAAGAUAUCAUCAAGAGGCAGGAUGUCAUCUAUGAGCUGAUUCAGACAGAGCUGCAUCACGUGCGCACGCUGCGCAUCAUGGACGGAGUUUUCCGGCGGGGCAUGCUGGACGAGGUGCAGCUGGAGCCGGGUGUCGUUCACGCGCUUUUCCCCUGCCUGGAGAAACUUCUUGUGAUACACACUCGCUUCCUUACUCAGCUGCUCCACCGUCGCCAGCACUGCCUGCAGCCGGACAGCACACACAACUUUACCAUCAGCUGCAUCAGCGAUCUCCUUCUGCAGCAGUUUUCUGGUCAGUGCGCUGAUGAGAUGAGGAAGACCUAUGCGGAAUUCUGCAGCGGUCACUUGAAAGCUGUAAAACUGUAUAAAGAGCUACUGGCUAGAGACAAGAGACUGCAGUACUUCAUAAGGAGGGUGAGUCGAGGUCCUCUGUUGCGUCGUCACGGUUUCCAGGAGUGCAUUUUGCUGGUCACCCAACGCAUCACUAAGUAUCCUGUACUGGUGCAGCGCAUCCUCGACAAUACCAAGGACAAUCCAGAGGAGGAAGCGGGCCUGAAACAGGCUCUGGCACUGCUGCGAGAUCUGUUGAAUGGUGUGGAGCAGCAGGUGCUGGAGCUGGAGCGAACGCAACGGCUGCAGGAGAUCCGCUCCAGACUGGACCCACGCUCUCAGGCCAAACUGCGCUCGGACGCCAUGUUCAGACCUGCUGAGUUACUGCGCCGACAGCUCAUCCAUGAAGGCACACUGCUGUGGAAAACACCCAGCUCUAGACUUAAGGAUGUUCAGGUUCUCCUCAUGACUGAUAUACUAGUGUUCCUGCAGGAGAAAGAUCAGAGAUACAUCUUUGCCAGUUUGGAUAAGUCUGCAGUAGUUUCACUGCAGAACCUGUUGGUCAGGGAUAUAGCCAAUCAGGAGCGAGGGUUGUUCCUCAUCAGCAGGGAGUUCAGCCCACCGGAGAUGUACGAGCUGCAUGCGGCUUCCAAAGAGGACCGAAACACUUGGCUACGGCACAUACAGCAAGCCGUCAGCAGAUGUCCUUCAAGAGAAGAAUUCCCACUAAUCGAGACGGAGGACAAGGCCCUGUUGCGAAGACUCAAAGCUGAUAUCCAGCAGAAGGACAGGGAAGUGCUGGAGCUGCUGCAAGAGCGUGUGACACUGUUCUCCGAUCUGGCUGAGGUCAUGAGUGGGCAAGAGGUUGUGCUGCCACCCAACUCCAGGAACCUGUUCAGAGCUGACACGCCUCAGGCACCUCGAGGAGAACAGCUACUCACGCAAGCCAUUACUGAGGUGGACAGACUGACUGAGCUGUUGUUAGGCUCUGGUUUUGACAUCCCCUUGGCCUGCACUUCUAAUGGUCAUGACAAUUCCACAGGGGCGCUGGUGAUAAAUGGACAGGAGGUGUUAGUCAAUGGUUCACAGGAGACUGCGGCUUCUCAGGAUGGAAAUGGGAAUCAGCUGGAGGACAAGACACCAGCCGAGGUACCAAGUCGAUUAUGUAAACGGGAAGUUUCUCAGCGACUGAUGAACCUCCACGCUCAGCUCCAUGCUCUGCAGGGAGCGGUGAUUCGGCAGGACUCCAUCAUAGAGUUGUGCGUGCGCGAGGGUGGUACGUCGCUGUGCCGCCUGGGGCGUUCUCUGUCACGUGACGGAACCGGCGAAGUGGGGACAGCGGGUGAGCUGGCACUGCUUCAGCGCCAACACAGCCUCCUGCAGGAGGAGCUAGUCCGCCUCAGAAGCGCUGAGGGACGACUCAAAGACAGUGAGAAGGCACGUGCCCAGCUCGAAAAACAACUACGAGACCUGAAGUCCAAUGGCGCCGCCCUGGGCGAAAGCACAGGAAGUUCACAGACUCUAGUACAUCGCAAAGAAAGUGAAACUGACCCAAACGCUGACACACCACUGGCCAGUCAGGGAUCUGUGGAGCAGACGGACGGUCAGCAGGACUGCAGUGACAUAGACGUCGACGUGAUCUCAGAUGAUGAUGAGGAUGAGGAGGAUGAUGAUGACGAUGAUGAAGAUUUGAAGGUGUCCCCCCGUUCCGAGAGCCCAAGAGAUUUGCAAGACAUUCCCGAGGAGAGCGAGUCAUCUGCAGAAGCUCGAGAACAUGCUUCACACUGCUAAUGGUCUUCUGCUGCACAGAACAUAGAACUUGACCCUAGAAUAGCUAAACGGGACAGUCGCUACUCCGCUGAAGCACAAGACUUGGAACAAGUCCUCCUCUGAAUUUCAAAAGAAGAACAUACAGCUAUCAAUAUUAUUUUCACGAUCUACUGACCUUGUGGCAUAUUAUUUGACAUAUCUUUUUUUUUUUUUUUUUUGGAAUCCAGUCAUUUUGAUAGCAGUGGAUCAAUAAGCAAAUGCCAAAGUAGCUUGAUUGUCUGCAAAUAACAGAACUUGUGAUAUUGCAUGGAAAUUUAAGUGUUAUCUAAACACAUGAAUCAAGCAAAUUUCAGGAUUUACUUGCUUAAGACACAAAGAUACUGUAACGUGACACAUACAAACAAGUUUUUAUUCUUCAGUAGUGAAAUAGUCUUGUGCGUGUUGCAAACUUUUCAAGAUUACUUUCUGCUCUUUAUUUGUAAUUUAUUUAUUCUUCUUUUGCUGACAGAAAUAUUUCUUUGACAAACAUUUCAAGCACAUGCUAAAAUAAGCCAUAACCUGGAAAAAAAAAAUUCUGUGCAAGUAAAAAAGUAAAACGAUGUUUUUACUAUAUCGAGUUGUUACAGGUUUAUGUAAGCAUGAGUACUUUCUUAAGAUUUAUAUAUUUUGCUGUUAUUUCAUUUUAGUUCUCGAGAGGAAUCACUAAAUCCAGGUGAAGGUGUUUACUGUUAUAUAUAUAUAUAUAUAUAUAUAUAUAUAUAUAUAUAUAUAUAUAUAUAUAUAUAUAAUGGAAUAUUAGACAUUGCUAAUGAUUUCCAUAUCAGUUGCUGAUUUCUUUCUUUGUACAUCUAUGUUUUAGUUUUUCAUUGUACAAUUUAACAGUGCCACAAUUGCUGGUUGUGUGUACAGGUGAGUUGUCUUAAACUCUGAUUUCAGGAAACAAAAUACAGAAAUUAUUGUAUGCUUUAUAAUGUUUCUGUUUACUUAUGAAUGAAAGAAUUUGUAUGGAAAGAUAUUGAAAUGCUUUAAUCUUGUUCAAAGUACUACUAUUAUAACUCAAGACUAUUGUUAUGGAUUUCAGAAUUAAAGUCUUUAUGGACUCAAAUAGUGCUGCAGAAUACACCAGUAUAAUAUUUUUCGUUAAUGAUGUUCAUUUUCUUGCUCUCGUUGGAUCUUUUGUUACAGCACUGCUCAAAGUUAAAGGCCAAACAUUCUAAAAUGCUGAACAUUCAUUGAAAUAGAGUGAGGUUGAAUCAUUGCCUGCACUCUUGGAACUAAUAUUCGGUUGUAGCUACUGUAGAUUAUAGUUAAGUUUGGACCCCUACUUCAUGCCAACUUCACACACCCGCAUGCUUUAAUAUUCACAUGUUGGUAGCAGCCAGCCCUGGUGGAUACUGGGUAGAGUAAUGAAAUCCAUUCGUUGAAAUCUAGAGCUAUCCUUUUAAUCCAUAGCAUCUCUCACACACACACACACACACACACACACACACACACACACACACACACACACACACACACACACACUACCUCAUUCAUCGUCCAGAACAUGAGCAGUGCUUUUCAAAGUUAGAGCGAAUGGAUAUGAGAGAGAGAUUCAUAGAUGAAUAUAAGAGAAGGAGCAAAAGAAUAUAACAAAUUUAUAUGUAAUUCUAAACAUAAUUACUCUUUAGCUUAUGAAGUGCUACACAUGCAUAAACACUGUACAUGAUGUUUAAAGGUAAUACUUUAUUACAGAUGUUUAAAAUCAAAGAAUUUUAACCUACAAUGACGAUACUAUCUCGAUGAUCUUUCGGAGGCAUGCUGUUCUAUUGUAAUGUGAUACAAAUGUUUCAGAAUAAAACAAAAAUUCAAUAAA